UACCCCUUGCAAUUCUGGGACUUGGGACUAGGGGAAGAAAACUUGUUUCCAGCUGGGGCUGUGGGGUGAUGUGGGGGAAAUUUAGCCUGUUUUAUGCACUCAGUUCUAAGGGACUGUGUGCCUGAAAUGAGUGCUCUCAGUUUCAUAAGGCCUCAUGGGUUGGGGGUGCCUGAUUUUUACUAGCAGCAGUGUCUGACUUUGUGGGGAAAAGGGUUUGUGUGGGGGAUUCAUGCUCCCUCAGUGACAGUGGAAAUUUAGGGACCAAGAAGGAGGGGUGUGUAUUGCUGAAAGAAGGGGCCGUUGUGGGGGGCCACUUCACUGCUGGAUAUCUUCAGACAGCUAUUUCCCCACCCUCAGUAAAGAAACUUUAUGACAUUCAUUUGUCAGAAGUGUGGGGGGGUGCACCUCUGGGCACUUUUAUCCGGAUACAUGUGAGCUGAGAAAAAGCACCGGGUAGGUGGCUGCUGUGGGCUGCCUUGCUCUGGGGUGCUCUCUGGCUUUCAGAUCUUUAAAGCCCAUAAAAAGGGGUCCCUCCAGUUAUCUUUGGCUUCAUCAGGCUUCUCUGGGAUGGGGAGCACAGCGCUGCUUUUGCUUCCACCUUCAGCCUGUUGGUCUCAAGCUAAUCUUUCUCCUUGGCUCAAAGUAGGAUCCUGAAGUCAGACUAGGGAGCGGACAGAGUGGGCAAUCCCCCAGUUCAAAACCUAAUUCCUGAACCAGGAGUGGGGGAAGGGAAGAGCUUCUUCUCUUGCCUAGAGGUGUUAGGUGUUUAAGUAGAACUCUGGCAUGCCUUCCAUAAAUAAAAUUGGCUCAAGAAUACAAAUCCCUCAACUGUCAGGAGGAAAUAGAUUCAGGAGCUGGAAGAGAAAAUAGGAAAGGUGCUCUUUUUCCCUCUUCUCUUCCGGGCACACCCUCAAAGGCCCCUUUGUUUUGUGGCACCAUAAACCAGAGAGACUUCAGGAUUUGAUCCCCAGGGGUUCUGUUAUUUUCUAGGGAAAAGUCACCCUUCUAAAAGUCAGAGGCCUCUUCCCCACCAAAUUGAUCCCCCUCCAAUUUAAGACCUAUGGGGCUAACUACCCUGUCACUCCUGCUUUCACCAGCCUGCCAUCCCUUGAUUCACCUCACCAACUGCCAUAGGUAGUUUCUGGGAUUGGAUAUGUGGCACCUCGAGGGGCUUCUGAUCUUUGGGACAAGGAUGGGGUCAUAAGACUCCCUUUUUCCCAUUAAGGGACAUUGGAAUUCUCCCCCUCUCCUCUUUCUCCUGAAGCCACUCUCUAUUCCCUGAGCUCUCUAUCCACUGCCCAAGCCUGACUUACAGGAGAUCCUUAACAGGCUUUAAAAGCAGAGUCACCCUGGUUUGAAGACACAUCAUCCCAAGAAUGAUGAGGGCAUUUGUAUCCCUUAGAAAGGAGACACAGGUCGACUCCCAAAGGAUCCCCAGAACCAUUGAAAAUAUAAAGAAGUGCCAGAGGCACAGCUUCCACAGUCUUCCACUGUACAAGGCAGCGGAGUUGACAGACAUACAGAGAAAGAGUUCCGCAAGGGAGAGUCUGACCUGGGUCUCCAGGGGAACCCCAUUCCUACUGUGCCCCUGGCUUCACUCUAAUAUACUUCCUUUUCUUAAAGCCCUCCUGGAAGCUAAAACCCCAGAUAGCAAGGCCUGCUGCUGAAAAAUUGUUUCUUCGCCCCCUCUCAUGUCAGUUCUGCAGGCUCUGACAUCUAAGAAGCAUAUCUGGCUGGAUUUUGCAGGAUGGCAAAGAGCAACUUGGGGUGCCAGUUGCACCUCAGUGGUCAAACCCUUGAAGGGUCUCCUCCAGCUCUAAGCGGGUCCUGGAGAAGAUGCCUAGGCUGGGCUUUCCUCUUCUCCACUUCAGGCUCCCUAAGCUGAACCCCAGUCUGGUCUGAACCCCAACCAGGACAAGUUGGGGGAGGCAAUGAGAAGUGUGAAGGGAUUUCUGGUGCCAAGAACUCUCUCCUCUGCCCCAGAACUCUGUCAUCUCCUCCUGCCCUCCUCAGGCUAUCUCCCUCUAAGAAAGCAGCUCCACUCUCUCCAGAGCUUUGCUCUCCCUCCUCUCCCACCCGCUUUUUCUCUCUGCCAGUCCGGGCUUCAGCCUCUUGAGCUACAAGCCAGGCCGAUACCCUCUGGCCAAAUCUUCAACCUGGGGCAGGCCCCAGGAGGUGACAGCUGGAGAUUAAGGCUGCAGUUUCUCUUUUCCCUUUGAGGCCAGCCUGGCCACCACUCAGUGGACAAUUCAAUUUGGAUUUUUUUUUUGUUUUGUUUUAUUUGGUUAUUUGUUUUGUUUCUCUGAGGCCAAUGGGUGGGAGGAAGUAUAAAGAAGUGUAAACAGGAAAGCCAGCCGGGCCUGGAGUUCCAAUUGCCCAUAUUUCAUCGGCUUCCUCUCCAUAACUGUGGCAGGGACACUUAACCCUUCCCUGACUGUGAGAAGUUAUUCUCUGAGGGCUGGUGAGCAGAAUGGGAAUAUCCAAGAGGAAGCUCCUUUCCUUGACUGGUUCCUUUAUCCCUGGGAUUUGCAUACUAAGGAUUCAGAGCAAUGGAGAAGACAGAAGCUCAGCACAACCCCCCAAACUCAGUCCCUUCCCAGGACUAGUCUCCCCAGCAUGGACUUCUCAGCUUGGGGGACCAACCUGGUCAAUCUUGGAAGACAGGGCUAGCAAGAAUGAGCUCCCCUCUUUUAAGGGAGGGGAUACUGGUAACCCUCCCCAUUUUUGGACUUUCUCAGAGUAAUCGGAUUUUGAGGCUGAGAUCUGCCCACAGUGAGAUUUAUCGAUUGCUGCAGCGUGGUUACACAUCCAUAUUAAUUAACACCGCCUGGAAACCGAGCUGUUUGGGGAGGGGAAGGGAGAAAUGGGGGUUCCUGAAGCAGAAUGGAUAUUUCUCCCUAAGUGACUCUGAGGUUGAGAUUGGAGGACCCUCUCCACAUGAAUCCUGUGGCCCUCCCCAGGCUUGAGGCCCCUGGAGUUCUCAGCGAGGGCAAGAAUGACUUAGUCUCUACAGUCAACUUCACACACAAGUCUCAUGGUGGUGAUGGUUGUGGGGGCGGGGCAGGAGUGGAUUAAAUACCCCUCAGGUCGUUCCUGCAGGCCCCACCCCACUCUUCCUUGUCUCUGGUGGGUUUCCCCAGCCCUCUAAAGGUCUGUCUCCAUCAGAGGUUAACGAGCAUCCUUUCUAGAGGGGUUAACCUCCCUCUCUUCACCUUCCUUUCAACUUCUCAAAGGUAGAGGCUUAUGAUGGUUUUUGACUUUGGUUUGUUUUAUUUUGCUUUAGCGUCCCGUUGUUGUUGGUAGUGAUGGUCUUAUGGCCUUCUCCUUUCUCCUACCCCUCCCUCCAAAAAGUGAUUAAAAUCUGUUAAAGGAUUUAAUUAAGAGAGUUAAAUGAAAAGGAAGGAGGCGCAAAUGAGUUGGGGGAAAAAACCCACACCAAAGCUAUUCUCAACGAUUAAAUCGCCAUUUUAACAAUAUAAUGGAGUUUGCAUCCUGAAAGGGGAAAUCAACGCUCAUAUCUCAUCAAUAAUUCAUAGAGUCCGGGAUCAUGCAGAGGUCAGCAGACAGGGGCAGCAGCGCCAGCCUACGUGGGGCUCCGAGCCGCUGCAGCAUACAUUACGCGCCGCCGGCCACACCGCCGCAGCACCUCCACCGCUGCAGACCUGGGGUGGGGGCACGCCAGCAGGUUUAGGCGGAUCUUUCGUUCUUUCUUUUGGCGAAUUUACUGAUUGCAGGCUCCAAGAGGAAGAGGGGAAAUUUGGGAGCCUGGAGAGGAUUGGACUUCCGGCAAUUCGGAAACCUGUCGGAUCCCAAAAAGCACCUUUUCCCCAAGUUUUAACGUUUCUCUUCCCUCCUUUUUCCUUUUCUCGGUGAUUUAGGCGUCUCCUCUCUUGUCUCUUCUCCCCCUAAAGUUCCUCUUGGAGAGAAAAAUGCACUCUCUGCAGUAUCCUUUAGCUUCUGCUCCCUGGAAACGGUUCCCAGGCUGCAAGGCCGCCCUCUGGCCUGCCUCUCCCCGAGUGGAUCCGGGCUGAGCCUUGCGGCUUCGGAGCACAGAGGCUGGUUUUGGUCACAGCGAUCCCUGACCUCGGAGCCCAGUGGGGUAGGGCUGAAUGCAUCCAGGGAGGAAAGGUACCUCGCAGGCCCCAGACCAUUUUGCCGUACCAAAAGAUGACCCAGGCCAGUUGGGAAAGACACACUUAGGGGAGAAGUGGAGGGAAAGUGCCAACCUGUGUGGGGCGUCGCCUUUUGGGGGAUUUGGAGGCAUCAUGGAGGAUACCCUAUUUCGGGGCUUCUGCAGGUUUGUCCUUAGCAAAUCUCCUCAGACCGGCUGUUGGGGGAAAAAAGUGUUAGCCGUCUCUCCCGGAUCUGCAAGGGAGAAAAAAUUUGGAACCAUAAAGUUGAAAACUUUUUUCUCUCAGUUUGGAAGAAGCCCUUCGUCAUGAAUGGGAUCGGCGGAGUUCGGGCGAGAGGAGGCGAGAGGCGCAAAGGAGGGGAGAUUUCUCGCCUGCCGCUCGCGCUGGGGCUCGAUGUGAAUAUAUAUUAUGUCUGCCUGUUCUCCCCUCGUCGGUGGCUAAGGUCAGCCGCUUGGAACAGACCCCGGAGGAGGGGGGCAGAGAGGGGAGGGGGUUGGGGGGGUCCGGCGUGCCACGUGACCCCCAGGGUUGCCAAUGUCCGGUCCUGAGGGUAUCAGGCCUUUCCAAGUUGCCACCCACUGCCCAGGCCUCACCCAGCGAUGCAGAAAGCCACCUACUACGACAACGCUGCGGCUGCUCUCUUCGGAGGCUAUUCCUCGUACCCUGGCAGCAAUGGCUUCGGCUUCGACGGCCCCCCCCAACCCCCAUUUCAGGCCGCUACGCACCUGGAGGGCGACUACCAGCGCUCAGCAUGCUCGCUGCAGUCCCUGGGCAACGGUGCCCCACAUGCCAAGAGCAAGGAGCUCAACGGCAGCUGCAUGAGGCCGUGUCUGGCCCCCGAGCCCCUGCCCGUCCCGCCCGGCUCACCCCCGCCCAGCGCCGCACCUACCAGUGCCACUAGCAACAGCAGUAAUGGGGGCGGGCCCAGCAAAAGUGGUCCCCCAAAGUGCGGUCCCGGCACCAACUCCACCCUCACCAAACAGAUAUUCCCCUGGAUGAAAGAGUCGAGGCAAACGUCCAAGCUGAAAAACAGCUCCCCCGGCACAGCAGAGGGCUGUGGUGGCGGCGGCGGCGGCGGCGGCGGCGGCAGUGGUGGCAGCGGGGGCGGUGGCGGCGGCGGCGGCGGGGGAGGGGACAAGAGCCCCCCGGGGUCGGCGGCGUCCAAGCGGGCGCGGACGGCAUACACGAGCGCGCAGCUGGUGGAGCUGGAGAAGGAGUUCCAUUUUAACCGCUACCUGUGCCGGCCUCGCCGUGUGGAGAUGGCCAACCUGCUGAACCUCAGCGAGCGGCAGAUCAAGAUCUGGUUCCAGAACCGGCGCAUGAAGUACAAGAAGGACCAGAAGGCCAAGGGACUGGCCUCGUCGUCAGGGGGCCCAUCUCCAGCCGGCAGUCCCCCGCAGCCCAUGCAGUCCACUGCCGGCUUCAUGAACGCCUUACACUCCAUGACCCCCAGCUACGAGAGUCCGUCCCCACCCGCCUUCAGUAAAGCCCACCAGAAUGCCUACGCGCUGCCCUCCAACUACCAGCCCCCUCUCAAAGGCUGCGGCGCCCCGCAGAAGUACCCUCCGACCCCGGCGCCCGAGUAUGAGCCGCACGUCCUCCAAGCCAACGGGGGCGCCUACGGGACGCCCACCAUGCAGGGCAGUCCGGUGUAUGUGGGCGGGGGCGGCUACGCGGAUCCGCUGCCGCCCCCUGCCGGCCCCUCCCUCUAUGGCCUCAACCACCUUUCCCAUCAUCCUUCCGGGAACCUGGACUACAACGGGGCGCCCCCUAUGGCGCCCAGCCAGCACCACGGACCCUGCGACCCCCACCCCACCUACACAGACCUCUCCUCUCACCACGCGCCUCCUCCUCAGGGUAGAAUCCAAGAAGCGCCCAAAUUAACACACCUGUGAUGGGAAAAGGCGGACGAAGGUUAGGAGAUGGGAAGGAAGAGGGAGACUGUGGAGCUCUGGGGGGCAGUUUGGAGGUCUGAAAGAGGGACCAGAGAGGUGGUAGCUAGGCUUCCUGGUCAGAACGGGCCUGGAGCUCCUUCCCCUCCCCCUGGCCUGAGAGAUUGCUUUUAAGUCCACCCCUUGUUCCAUCUGCCUGCCAACCCAUCGGAAAGGAAUCCACAGCAGAUUGGAGAUGACCCCGUCAACCCCAGGGCUCCAGCACUACCAAGUUGGAAUUCCACGCCCUGGAGUGGGGUAGAGGAAGACGAGAUAGGAUGAGGCAGAGAAGCACAUUUUACAAACCGGACGCGAUGGCUAGGCCAUCACCAACCAACGGACUUACCUUACAUCUUUGUAGGUAAUUCCCCCCAAAUCUUGAUUUUUUUCAGUUAUCCUUUAAAAAACAAGAAAACACAUUUCAAACCCAAAGGGCACAAAGCACGUUCCCUUCCAACUUUCCCAAAACCUCAAUUUUGUUCCCAUUUAUUUGAAGUUUAUUGAGGUAUCUACCCCCUCCAUUUCUAGCCCCAGGUUUUUCUGCUCUAGGACAUUGAUAUCUAUACAUCCCACCCCCAUCAAUUACAGUUUUUAGAGGGCUCAGGGAUGGUGAGAGAUCCUGAAAGAGCUGCCUAUAUUAUAAAUUAUAUAUUUUUUUCUUUUAAGGAAAAGUGUGUAGGCUAGGGCAGGCAGGUUGUUAGGACUGAAGGUUUGCCCAUUCUGCUGCCUCCAUCUCAGCUCCAGCUCCAUCCCCCUCUCUCCACAGAAAGCAGUUGGUGACACGAGGUUCUAUACUUUUCUUUUCUUCUGUUGCUCUCUUGACUUAACGUGAAAACAGGGUAUAUUUGAACAAACUGUCUGUCCCAGGCAGGGGCUGGGCAGGGCCUGCGUGCCUUGCUCAGCCUCCUGACAGGACACUUUUGUUGCACUUAGAGUUUACAUUUUAAUGGAUGUAAAAACAACUGUGAGAGAUGUCUGGGCCUGCAGAAGUCCAGCAUUGCUCAAAAAAAGCGUGUGUUCUAGUGAACAUUUUCAUAUAUAUUUAUUGGUUAUAGCCUGUUAAAAUAUUUUCUUUUUUGUAUUAUUUAUCCCCCUACAUUAUGUAUUUAUAUGAGGGAAAAAAAGGAAAAAAUUGUACUUUUUUAGUAUUUACUUGUUAUAAAGGACAUUGUGUUUCCUGUCAUGUAAAACCAGCUAUUUUAGUUACUAUUGUACUCUAGAAAAGAGCUGUAGAUUUAUGUUAAACUCGUACUUAUGAGCAAUUGUAAUUAGUUCUAAAAGGCAUGAACUCAGCUCCUGAUUGUCACUGUAUAGUCCUGAAUUUGUAGAACUAGAGUUAAUUCCCUCUUGGAACUUUCUUUGUUCUUCAGUAGUUACUUUUUUCCUUACCUAAAAGAGUUGUCUGUCAAACAAUUCUUGAAUAAACUUUCUGUUAUCAAUUUUA